AUGAGCGACCCUCUGCCGUCCUCGUUCGAGGAUAACCCUCAAUUCGAAGAGGAAACCGGUCUCCAAAAGUUCCGCAGACGCCUGAAGGAAGAGCCUCUUAUCCCACUUGGUUGCGCCGCCACCUGCUAUGCCCUUUACCGCGCCUACCGGUCAAUGAAGGCCGGCGACUCGGUCGAAAUGAACCGCAUGUUCCGCGCCCGUAUCUACGCCCAAGCCUUUACCCUCGUCGCCGUCGUCGCAGGCGGCAUGUACUUCAAAACUGAACGGCAGCAGCGUCGCGAGUUCGAAAAGGCCGUCGAAGAACGCAAGAGCCAAGAAAAGCGCGAUGCCUGGCUGCGCGAGUUGGAGAUCCGAGACCAGGAAGACCGCGGCUGGCGGGAACGUCAUGCGGCCAUGGAGGCGGCGGCCAACGAGGCCGCUAAGAAGGCGGCCGUGAAGCCGACUGCUGAGCAGGAUGCGGCGCGGUCUGUCAUUGAGGCUGCGGAUCAAAAGUCCCUGGGGGUAUUAGAUGCGGUGAUGGAGUUGAUGUCGAGGCAGAAGUAG